AUGGGAGAAUUGAAGUUUCUUAGCCUUCAAGGGAUCUCUAGAAUCAAAGAGCUUCCUCGUUCCAUAGGCAUGCUCAAAAAAUUGGUGGUCUUAGAUCUCAAGGAUUGUUACAAUCUGGAGGAACUUUCAGAGGACAUAAGCUCACUCACCAAGUUGAGGUACUUGGAUAUUUCCAACUGUUAUCUUCUAGGUAAAAUGCCAAAGGAGCUAUCCGCGCUCUCAGAACUCCAAGUCUUUAAGGGGUUUAUCAUUGGUGAUCCACAAAGGAAAAACUUGGGUACUUUAGAAGAUUUGAAGAGAUUGAAGAUGCUGAAGAAGCUGACCAUCAUUGCAACUAGAAACGACUUCCCUACACCAGAAGAUCUAGGAACUUUUCUAGAGCUUGAAGCACUUCAAAACCUAACGAUAGCCUGGGGUGUACAGCCAAAAGAUGCAGAAGCAGGCAAAUCAUCAAAGCUUGGGCCAUCACUGCAUGGAAAAUCAACAGAAUCAUCAGGGCGUGAACUGACAGAGAAACUUAACUUGAAGAAACUGGAUCUUCAGUGUUUCCCCUAUUCUACACCGACGUGGCUGACACCUGAUAUUUUGCCAAAGCUAGAGAAACUCUACAUAAGAGGAGGCAACUUCACAACUUUGAAGAAAGGCACGUGGAAUGUGAAGGCUUUACGUUUGAAGUACUUGAGUGGAAUGAAGACGAAUUGGAGAGAACUAAAAGAAUCAUUCCCAGGAUUGGAUUACUUGGAGAGAGUUAAAUGCCCGGGGAUCACGCUCUGCCCUUGCGACGAGAAUGGAGUGUGGCAAAAGCCGAAAACAUAA